AUGUUAUUGUGCACUGCCACACGGGCUUCUAUCUUCGGCGCUCUUACCUUUCUUCUGACGAAGGCCUCCACGACCAUAUUUCAGAAUGACUUCCCGACAUUGGCCCCUGAUGUGGGAAAGGGCUAUAUCUGGAGUAACACUUUCAGCACUCCACCAGAGGAGACCGUCGAGGUUCAGUUUGAUAGUCUAGUCGGCUCUGUUGUCAUCACACUGACGUGCAAUUCCGACUCUGCGAUCGUCGAUCUCACUGCCGCAAGCAAUGUUACUCCGGCCGGAACUGUACCGUCCCCAUCCCCCAAUAACAUCUCCACUACCGGGACGCCCUCAGCGAACACCACUCCUUUUAGGACUGACAGUCCGUUCGUGUCACUAUCGUCGAUAUUUACGGUGGAUAGCUCCUCUCUUGGUCCUAAGCAGAGCACAAGCCUGACUCUUCCUCCAGCCACCACCACAUCAACCAGCGGUGGCGAAUUCCCCAGCCUCUUCACCGGUAUAGCAGAACGCUCAAGCGUGUCUUUCACAACGGUACUCAUAUGGAUUCUCCUGGCUCUACUUCCAACCGCGGCUUUCUGA